AUGGAAGACGAGCCAGACAAAAUCUCCAUUACAAUUUGCGGCGAUGGUGGAUGCGAAGAUUCUUAUUCGGUAACACGCGUGAUCGAUGGCAUUCCGUAUUUCUUAUCCAUCACCGAUACUGCCGGCCAGGAGGAGUAUAGAGGGCUGUUUGCGCUGUCCAACCUGAGGUCGGACGCGUUUCUGCUCGUCUACGACAUCACCAAUGCAUCGAGCCUAAGCGCAUUAGAUUACUUCAUGGGUCUGAUUGAUAUCGAGGCAGAGCAACGUGCAGAAGACAAUGCUCGCUUAUUGAAGGAACUGGGGGACAGCGCACGCGGUGUGGAAGUCGGCAUGCCUCCUCCAGUCAAGAUCAUCGCCGGCAACAAGUGCGACCUAAAGGACAAUCGAGUCAUCAGUGCUAGGGAGGGACUGGAAUAUGCCCGCAAGCAUGGUUGUGGGUUCAUGGAGACAAGCGCGAGAGAUAUGGUGAACAUUGAAGAGACAUUUGCCCUCAUCGUCCGUCGUGUUACCGAAGCUCGUCGACUACAUUACCAGCAGAACCAGGCGACGGCGAAUCCUGGUCAGGCCGCAGCGUCUGCAACUGCGCAACAGCCUGCCGAGCAGACGGUCGAUGAGACCAUCGCCGCUAAACUAUCAAAAGAUGCCAGGUCCCCGUUCAGCCGUCUUUCGAUCUUCGGAAAGAAGAGCAGUAAGCGUGCUGCACCGAAGCCAGAAGAUCAGACUGGCGAGUCCAAAGGCGAAGGGGUGGAAUCGAAAGAGGAGCCCGGCAAACCAAGUAUAUGGAGACGCCUGCUUUGCUGCUGA